AUGUCACGAAACACCUUUGUUUGCCUCUUGUUUUCUCAGGAUGUCGACACUGCAUUCCAAACUGAAGCAGCUGUGGCAGCAAUUGCCGACGCGCUCGAUAAGGUAGAACGCUCAGGGUUCCAGGAGGCGUUGCAGCAACUUCUCAGUCUUGAGCAGGUCGACAGCAAACCCUGUGGUCAAGAAAUACCGGUUGGGCGGUGUGGGCAUUCCGCUUGCCUGUGGGAAUCCUCGUCUUCACAAGAAGAUGCUGAGUUUCACGAUAACGAGAUUGCAUCAACGGUUGGGCUUCAGGUUGUCGUCUUUGGAGGAUGUGGUGGAGUGAAAUAUGAGAGAACUGCGCUAGCUGACGUUUGGUCCUUGGAUUGCAAUACUUGGGCGUGGCAGCAGCACACCUUUACAGGCACAUCGCCUGCCCCUCGGCAAGGACAUUCUGCAGUCGUGAAGGGGAACAUGAUGUUUGUCUUUGGUGGUUGGAGCAGCGAAGGGAACUACAACGACCUAUUUGCCUACGACUUGGAAAACCGCGACUGGUGUGAGGUAGACGCUCCUUGGCCCGGCGGUGGGGCGCGUUGGAACAUGUGCGGGUUGCUUGUCCACGCGAGGCCGAGUACGAAAUUUUUUAUCUUUGGAGGGGCAUCAAGUGAGGCGUCUGAAAAUCCCAGGAGGUUUCAGACACAUCUUUGUUCGGAUAUUGGUGUCCUAACGCUUGCUGAAGAAUGCCACUGGGAUUUCAUUACCACAGUCUCUGCAGCCGCGGCUGCAGCAGAGCAACGCGAGACUGUGGAGAGGUCGGGUCAACUUAAACGCAGAGGGCAAGGGAGCAUCGCGAACUCAUCACAGCAGGCGCCAGCAGCAACUGCAGACCUUCCCUUGCCCCGAGAGGGUGCGACAAUGGCCUAUUUUGCCGAAGACUCGACUCUGGUUGUCUUUGGUGGCUGGAGCGGCAAGUGGCUUGGAGACCUAUGGACAUGUUGCGUCUCCUCUGUUGUGGGCCCUCCAUACGCUGUCCUCGGCCUGUCCCCCCCUUGUGGUCCGAUGACGGGAGGCACACCAAUAAUCCUUAAAGGUGCCGGAUUUACAACGGGGUCCAUUAUUGUGAGAUUUUCUGUUGGAGACUUCUUCGCCGAUGUCCCCGGCACUUUCGUGUCUUCAACGGAAAUUCAUGCGGUAACACCAAAUGUCAAGUCUGCCCUGGGUGCGUAG